AAGCUCAGGGUUGCAGUAAUACAUCAGUCUUUUUUCUUUCCAUAAUAAAGAAGACCAUAAUCCAUCUUUUGUUUUUUCUCCCCAAUAUCAGUUCAUUUCAGGCCAGUUGCAUGCAUUGUUCGUCUCCCAAAAUGGUUUGCGAGACUAAAAUUGUUGCAGACGAACACGAGGCCAUAGCUGGGACCAAAAAAGAUUCAGUUAUAGUUUCCUCCUCGCAAAUGUGGACGUCUUCUUCGCCUUCUCCCAGUGCGUUCGAGAGUAAGGUUGAAAAACGGGACCAGGUUUUUAUUCGAGAGUUUGAACGUUCGGACCAUGAGGAGGUGCGCCGGAUCUUCACCGAGGGAAUCAUGGAGCGGAUACCCAAUUCGGCAUUUCGGGGUCUAAAACAGCAAACUAGAACCCAAUUUAUCUAUGCUUUACUCACAGUAAUGUGCUAUGUUAUGACCAAAUCCUUCACACUGACCUUCUGCGCACCAUUUAUUCUAAUGGGUGCACGUUAUUACUACAGCAGAAAAGUAAUUCUCAACUACCUGGACUGUGCUCUGCACACUGAUAUGGCUGACAUUGAGACAUAUUACAUGAAACCCACAGGCUCUUGUUUCUGGGUGGCAGUUUUGCAAGGCCAGGUUGUGGGCAUCGUGGCAGCGCAAGGCCGAGAAGACGACAACACAGUGGAACUCCGUCGCAUGUCAGUGGACUCUCGCUUCCGUGGUAAAGGCAUCGCCAAGGCUCUGGGUCGACGUGUUCUAGAAUUUGCCAUGUUAAACAACUACUCGGCUGUGGUUCUGGGAACAACUGCAGUCAAGAUGGCCGCCCACAAGCUGUACGAGUCAUUGGGUUUCCGGCGAGUGGGAGACACUGAGGACUACACGCUACCAGGGAUGACCCGUUCACUGCUGGAGAGGCUCUUCUUCCAGAUUCGCUACAGCCGGUACCGAUUGCAGCUUCAUGAAGAGUGAGAGACAGAGAGUUAACAUGAGCGCAGAAGAUAGAAUAUAAACGACAAUGCCGGCAAUGACCCUGAACCACCCACUGACCGGUCCUCUUCUUCUACCUAUUUAUUUAUGUUUUGGGCUAUUUUUAAAAGUCAUAUCUGUUCCUACAACCUUUAUUUUUAUUAAUUUUCAUUUUUAUUCUUAUUUUCAUGAUCAUUGUUUUUGAGGGGGUUUAGCAGAACCUUUCAUUCCUUUGACCACACUGGAUGUUUCUCCUCUUAUUCUUUCUUCUCAUGGUCAUCUUGCCAUGAAACACCAUGAACAAAUGAAUAGCCCCAAUGAUUUGAUCUUAAUUGGAUAUAAAUGUAAAUGUGUUCACAGUGAUAGAUUCUCCCUUAAAGGGUUAGU